AUGCCCAAACCAAAGAAAUCAACAACCGCAACCAACGGCAGCAAACCAUCCCAAACUUCCGCACCGUCAACAGCACCACCCACCAGCAGCGCCGCCCCGCCCUCCUGGCCCCCGUUCAAGCCCUCCCUGCCCAUCACCGACCUCACCUUCGACAGUCUCGUGGAUGACAAGGUCGUCGUUCUCCGGAACUUCUUCCCCAAAUCCUUAUGCCGCGACUACGUCUCCUUCCUGAGCACGCUCCCGCUGAUAACCACGCCUGGGAAACCGAAGCGGGGGAUGGCGGUGCGAGUGAAUGAUCGGUUCCAGAUUGACGAUCAGAAGUUUGCGGAUAGGCUUUGGUAUGAAACGGGGUUGAAGGAGGCGGUUUUGGGGGGGGGCGGAGAAGUCAUCGGCCUAAACCCAAAUAUCAGGAUAUACCGAUACACAAAAGGGCAGUUCUUUGAUGCGCAUUACGACGACUCAAACAAAAUCACCCUCACCCUCCCCCCCUCCUCCGACGAGAACCCAAAUCCCAACCAAAAACAACAACAAGUCCCUGCCAAAACAACCUGGACUCUGCUGCUCUAUCUCACCUCCGCCAGCGAAGGGUGCACGGGCGGCGAGACCGUCUUCUACCCCCACGACCGACAGGUGGCGAAGGAAGCAAUUGCUGUGGCUCCGGAGACGGGUAUGCUGUUACUGCAUAAGCAUGGGAAUGAUUGUAUGUUGCAUGAGGGCAGGGAGGUAACGGCAGGGGAGAAGUGGAUUAUUAGGACGGAUUUGUGUGUUGGUAGGGGAGGGAGGUGA